AUGAAUUAUUAAUCAUUAGAUCAAAAUUUUGUUGACAAUCUGACACCAGUUUUAUCAGACUAAGAAGAAGACACUUAAAAUAAUAAAACAUAAUAGCAAGCAUUGUAAUUGAUUAAUAUUAUAGAAUAGAUAAUUUUUGUACAUAUCUCCUAAUUUGUUUAAUAAAUUAUGGCCUGAAAUUAAGAAAUAACUUUGUUUAUUAAAGGUUAGUUAAAAUAAUUUAACAGCCUUUAAUGUUUAAUAAGUAAUAGAGGAAAUUUAUUGUUUGCAUUUCCCAAAUGUAUUAUUUUUAAUUAUAGUUAGCCAAAACAAAUAAAGAACAAAAUUAAUUUCAGAAAUUUUUGUUAAGCUUUGGAUGGAUUUCCAUAAAAAAAAGAAUUCUUAGCUAAAAUACCUUAGAUAGUUGAAUUAGCUUUAAAGAUGGAUUCAGAAUUUACAGAUUAUUUAAGUAUGCUUAUAGAGAGAGUAGAAUUAAAAAGGAUAUAAGUAGCAAUAUUAUUGGCAAAUAUGUUUUUAUGUGUUAUGCAUUUAUAACCUGAUUAUAAAUUAUUGCCAUCUGUUUUCAUUAUGGCAAAAUUAUUUAAUAUAUCAAAUGAGGAUAAUGGAUAGAAUAAUAAUAAGAUUUAAAAAAUAAGAUGUUUAAUUUAUUAUUUCCUUCAUGUAUUUUCACCUGAAUUCAAAUCAUAAGAGAAGAUUAUAUUCACAAGAAAAAAACACAAUUUAACAAUACAUAAUAAUCCUUUAUGUGAAUUUAUUUAUUGUGAAUAUGGAUAAAUGGAGAAUGUAUAAGAUUGUUAUAUAGUGGAUUUUGCAAAUAAGAAAAUAGGAGGUGGAGUACUUAAUUUAGGAUGUGUACAAGAGGAAAUAUUAUUUUUGACACAUCCUGAAGCAUUAGCAUCAUUAUUAAUAACUACUGAAAUAAAGCCAGAUGAAUCAAUUAUAAUAGAAAAAGUAAACAGACUUAUUAUGUAUGAUGGCUAUAAAGAUAAAUUUGAAUGUAAAGGAACAAUUAAAUAAAUAAAAAGUACUAAUUUUAUUGUAAGAUAUUUAAUUAAAUAUUAUAGUGUAUAGAUGCAGGAGAUUAUUCUGGAAAUUACCAUUUAUAAUAUAAAGACAUCAAAAGAGAAUUAAUUAAAUCUUAUAGUGGAUUUUAUGGAAUACCUCGCAUAUGUACUGGAAAAUGGGGAUGUGGAGUUUUUGGUGGAGAAUGGUAAUUAAAAGCUUUAAUUUAAUGGGUUGCUGCAUCUUUAGGAGGAUGCAAAUAAUUAGUGUUUAUAAAUGAUGAAUCAUAUGCAUACAAUUAAGCAUUCAAUUUGCUUAAAGGCUUAAAUUCUAAUUAAUUAUGGGAAUAUAUACAAAAAUAUUGUUAUAAAAAAUCUUAAGAAGAAUUAAACAAUAUCAAUGCUAUUGAUUUUAUAUUGUCUUAAUAAAAAUUUUGA